AUGACUUACCUUGGGUGGAUGGCACCCAAAAAAUUGAUGGUGGCCUUCUCGGCGCUGUGGAUGGGCAUCGAGGUUCAAGGGAGUUUUGAUCCCACACCCACUGUAGCCCCCACCAUGCCUCGUCCAUCCACACGUAAAGACCUCCUCAAUGCUGUUGAUAAGGCUGCACUUGCACUAGCCAAAUUACAAUACCAGAAUGAACUCCUAGAUGACUUCUCUGACUCUGACUCUGAUUCUGACAUGGACUCGCUCUCUGACCCCACCAUCCCUCAUCUCUUCUAUUUCUGGCCUGUCUGGCUCUUCAGAUUCUUCUGGUGA